AAAUUACCAAAAUCCCCCCACACUUUCUCCAAAAUCCCGAACCAGCCCUUACCCCCAUUGAUGCUCAGGACAACACGCGAGUCUGCCUUCGUUCUCCCGCACACAUUUUUAGGGCGUAUCAGUCACCAUUGUCAUCUCUCUCUCUCUCUCAUCAUUUCCAUCACCUUAUUUCUCUCUCUAGAAACCACCGUUGAUCGGACGCUAUUCACCGCCUGAAUAAUGACUAUGGUCACUCCACAGCCGCUAGAUCAAGAAGAUGAGGAGAUGCUAGUGCCACACACUGAGCUAGUGGACGGUCACGGGCCUCAACCGGUGCAAGGACCGGUCGCUUUCGAUGGGACUCCGCCUAUUGAAGUUCCUCAGCCUAUGGAAGUUGUGGGUCAACCUGAAGUUGUUAGCACAGCAGAGAAUCAAGCAGUUGAGGAACCUCAGGUGACUACGUUUACAUGGCGUAUUGAGAAUUUCUCUCGUCUGACGAACAAGAAGCUCUAUUCUGAUCCCUUUGUGGCCGGUGGACAUAAAUGGCGUGUGCUUAUAUUUCCAAAGGGAAACAAUGUGGACCAUUUGUCCAUGUACUUAGAUGUUGCUGAUUCCUCAUCCUUGCCAUAUGGCUGGAGUAGAUAUGCACAAUUCAGCUUGGCUGUUGUUAAUCAGGUUCACAGCAAGUUCACCGUAAAGAAAGACACACAACACCAGUUCCAUGCAAGGGAGAGUGAUUGGGGAUUCACGUCUUUCAUGCCUCUUAGUGAUCUUUAUGACCCAAGUAGAGGGUACCUUAUAAAUGACACAUGCAUUAUUGAAGCUGACGUGGCUGUAAGGAAAGUGAUUGACUAUUGGACAUACGACUCAAAGAAAGAAACCGGAUAUGUUGGUCUUAAGAACCAAGGAGCAACAUGUUACAUGAACUCUCUCCUUCAAACCUUGUACCACAUCCCUUACUUUCGAAAGGCUGUUUACCAUAUGCCAACAACAGAAAAUGAUAUGCCUUCAGGGAGUAUUCCUCUGGCUCUUCAGAGCUUGUUUUAUAAGCUCCAGUACAAUGAAACCAGUGUUGCCACAAAAGAACUGACAAAAUCUUUUGGAUGGGACACGUAUGAUUCUUUCAUGCAGCAUGAUGUUCAAGAGCUUAAUAGGGUUUUGUGUGAGAAACUUGAAGACAAGAUGAAGGGAACAGUUGUUGAAGGGACAAUACAGAAGUUAUUUGAAGGACACCAUAUGAACUACAUUGAAUGCGUCAAUGUGGACUUCAAAUCGACAAGAAAAGAAUCAUUUUAUGAUCUUCAACUUGAUGUGAAAGGCUGUCGGGACGUUUAUGCUUCUUUUGACAAAUAUGUUGAAGUGGAACGGCUUGAGGGUGACAAUAAAUACCAUGCUGAAGCACAUGGGUUACAGGAUGCUAAGAAGGGUGUGUUGUUUAUUGAUUUCCCACCUGUUCUUCAACUCCAGCUAAAGCGUUUUGAAUAUGACUUCACGAGGGAUACAAUGGUAAAGAUAAAUGAUCGGUACGAAUUUCCACUUGAGCUCGACCUAGACAGGGAGAAUGGCAAAUAUUUAUCUCCUGAUGCCGAUAAGAGUGUCCGGAAUCUUUAUACGCUUCACAGUGUAUUGGUUCAUAGUGGCGGUGUGCAUGGUGGACACUAUUAUGCAUUUAUCAGGCCAACUUUGUCAGACCAGUGGUUCAAGUUUGAUGAUGAAAGAGUUACUAAAGAAGAUAUGAAGCGGGCAUUAGAAGAGCAAUAUGGUGGUGAGGAAGAGCUACCGCAAACAAAUCCUGGCUACAAUAAUGCUCCAUUUAAAUUCACAAAGUACUCAAAUGCCUACAUGCUUGUUUACAUACGGGAAAACGACAAAGAUAAGAUUAUCUGUGACGUAGACGAGAAAGAUAUUGCAGAACAUCUUAGGAUAAGGUUGAAGAAAGAACAAGAAGAAAAGGAAGACAAGAGAAGAUAUAAAGCACAGGCUCAUCUCUACACUAUUAUUAAGGUUGCUCGUGAUGCAGACCUGUUAGAACAGAUAGGCAAGGAUAUAUAUUUUGAUCUUGUUGAUCAUGACAAAGUUCAUAACUUUCGUAUACAGAAACAAACGCCAUUUAACCAGUUCAAGGAGGAGGUUGCUAAACAAUUUGGCGUGCCCGUUCAGUUUCAACGGUUCUGGAUAUGGGCCAAAAGGCAAAACCACACAUACCGUCCCAAUCGUCCUUUAACUGCUCUGGAGGAAACCCAAUCAGUUGGACAGUUGAGGGAAGUUUCCAAUAAGAAUAACAAUGCUGAACUUAAAUUGUUCUUGGAGAUAGAGAUUGGACCAGAUUUGCAUCCUCUUCCACCACCUGACAAGAGCAAAGACGAUAUACUUCUCUUCUUUAAGCUUUAUGAUCCCGAGAAGGAAGAACUCCGAUACGUUGGUAGGUUUUUUGUGAAGAGCUCUGGUAAACCAACUGAAAUUAUAUUAAAAUUAAAUGAGAGAGCUGGAUUUAGUCCGGAUGAAGAAAUCGAACUCUACGAGGAAAUUAAAUUUGAGCCAUCUGUCAUGUGUGAACGCCUUGACAAAAGAUCCUCAUUUAGAUCUAGCCAGAUCGAAGACGGAGACAUUAUUUGUUUCCAGAAGAUAAUUAAAUCCGAGGGGAAGUACCGUUACCCUGACGUCCCUUCAUUUCUAGAAUAUGUGAAAAAUCGUCAGAUAGUUCAUUUCCGAUCUUUGGAUAGGCCUAAGGAAGAUGAUUUUUGUCUUGAACUGUCAAAAUUGCAUACAUAUGAUGAUGUGGUGGAACGAGUUGCUCAGAAACUUAAUCUGGAUGACCCGUCGAAAAUCAGGCUUACUCCUCACAACUGUUAUUCUCAACAACCCAAACCCCAUCCCAUAAAGUAUCGUGUUGCAGAACACCUACUAGAUAUGCUGGUUCACUACAAUCAGGUUUCUGAUAUUCUGUACUAUGAAGUGUUGGACAUCCCUCUUCCUGAAUUACAAUGUCUGAAAACUUUGAAAGUUGCUUUUCACCAUGCAAAUAAAGAAGAGCCUGUAAUUCAUAAUAUUAGGUUGCCAAAACAGAGCACUGUUGGAGAUGUUCUCAAUGAAAUAAAGAAAAAGGUUACAUUAUCUCAUCCAAAUGCUGAACUUAGACUGCUUGAAGUAUUCUAUCACAAGAUUUACAAGAUAUUUCCUCUGACUGAGAAGAUUGAGAAUAUAAAUGAUCAAUACUGGACAUUACGUGCUGAGGAAAUUCCAGAAGAAGAGAAGAACCUGGGACCCCAGGACCGGUUAAUUCACGUUUACCAUUUCACCAAAGAGGCUGCACAGAACCAGAUGCAAGUGCAGAACUUUGGGGAGCCUUUCUUUUUGAUAAUUCAUGAAAAUGAAACUUUGGCGGAUGUUAAAGUCCGAAUUCAAAGGAAACUAGAAGUUCCAGAUGAGGAGUUUUCCAAGUGGAAGUUUGCAUUUUUAUCAUUGGGGCGUCCCGAGUAUCUACAAGAUUCAGAUGUUGUAUCUAACCGUUUUCAGAGAAGGGAUGUAUAUGGUGCGUGGGAGCAGUACCUUGGAUUGGAACAUUCAGACACCACCCCUAAAAGGUCUUUUACAGCAAAUCAGAACCGUCACACAUUUGAGAAGCCAGUUAAGAUAUACAACUAGGAGAGCGCUGUGAAGCAAUGGUUUUUGUUUGUCCGAAGAACAUUUAUAUGUGGAUUCCUUCCAUUGUUUGUUUGGUUGGUGAUGAUUCUUUUUGGACCGAGGUGGGGGAAUGGGAAUGGGAAUGAUAUCAUCGGUGGGUUUAAUGUUGGCGGUUUAUGUGGAUUUUCUCAUGUGUAAUUUAGCAGUAAAAGGUACAUAGGAGGAAAUUUUGUUGCAGGAGUGUACAAGCAGCAGCAGCUGGGUGCCUAAAUUAUUAGUGUUUGGUGGGAUUAGAUGUGUAAAAUGGUUGGAGACAUGAUGGUUUGUGUAAAAAGUUACAAUUUUACUGCUCCUUUACAUCCAUUCUUGUAGGAUAUAAAAUGUCAUUUUCUCCCCUAAUCAUAAAUAAUUAGACUUAAAA